AGCAACGACACUACAUUGUUGAUGUUCCGUCUUAGGAAGUUCAAUAAAUUUGUAACAGACAGAUGUGUUUAACUAUCUAGUAAAGCCGCCGAGUAAUAAAGAACUAAACUAUGGAAGUGAACACAACCGAGAGUGCUCCGGUACCCGACCCACUGGCACUGGACGAACCCCGCGCUGAGGAAGUGGAGGAAACCGAGGACAACACGCAGUCUGUGUGGGAACAUGACCCACUUGCACAGAUCCCCAUCAAAGUGCUGCGUGGCCAUACAGACACCAUCAGCAGCUGCCAGCUAGCGUUCAGCGACCAGAAGCUGGUCACCUCCUCACAUGACAAGACGGCCAUCCUCUGGGACGUGGAGUCAGGCAGACCCUUACGUGUGUUUGAGGGGGGGCACACUGCCCCUGUCUCCCAGUGUGCCCUCAUACCCCAGAAGAACAGGCUGAUCACAUCGUCGUGGGAUAAGACUCUACAGGCCUGGGAUCUGGAGACAGGACAGACACUGUGGUCUGUCCCCCAGGAGGGGCUGCUGACGUCCUGCAGUGCGUCUGGCGAUGGUGAGGUUGUGGCCUCCGCCUCCGACAUGGUGAACGGACUCUGUCUCACCUGUACCGAUACGGGAAAACAGAUCACUUUUAUUAAAGGCCACCACAAGUCGACGAUCACGCGCUGCUGCUUCGACCCCCUGGGCCAGCACGUGGCCACCGUGUCCUCAGACAAGACCAUCAAACUCUGGGACCAGCGCUCACGCCACACCACACUCUCCAUCGCCAGCUCCCACACCAGCGUCAUCUCUAACUGCUGCUUCACACGUGACGCCCGCUACCUGUGCUCGGCCUCCUGGGACAAGACGCUGCAGCUGUGGGACGUGUCCACCGGAACGUUCCGCUCGCACGGCGGCAAGAGCCUCAGCUUUGCACACGACGGCUGCGUCAGCGCCUGCAUGUUCUCACACGACGCCUCUCUUCUGGUGUCGGGGGCAUAUGACCGGACAGUGGCUGUGUGGGACAUGAAGGCCAUCUGCAAACUCCUCCUGCUGAAGGGCCAUAUGGACUGGGUCAUGGAUGUUGCCAUCAGUGAAGAUAAGAAGUGGGUGGUAUCCUGUUCUAAGGACAAAACAGUGCGUAUGUGGAAUAUUGAGCAUACAGAAGAGAUACCUGCAGUUAUCGAAACCAGGAGGACGCAGGCGCAGGGCUACCAGAUCAUUAAGUGCGAGGAGUGUGCGAGGUCUUUCUCCGUCUUCCGAAUGGAGUCUGACGCCACCAACAAAUGCGUUUUCUGUCGACUGAAAGCACCAACAAAAUAUAUACCGCUCCCUCCUCCGUGUUUUUGAAGAAAUUACGCUGUUUUUAUAAGACUGUAGGGGACAUAAUUACAUACAAAGUGUUUUUGACAUGAAACGAUCUGUAAUUUCUGUUGAUCAAGGAUUAUGCCAGAUCUUGUGUGGUUAUUGAGUGUGAUUUUCGACAGGGUGAAACAGCGGCGCCGUGGCUUAGUUGGUUAAAGCGCCUGUCUAGUAAACAGGAGAUCCUGGGUUCGAAUCCCAGCGGUGCCUUUUGUACUUCCUAGUUCGAGAAUAUUCUGCACUUUGUGAAAUGAAAUAAAAGCUUGCUGGUA